AUGGUGGAAUCCAUUGGCAAAUGUGAUCUCAUGAUGAUGGCAAAGAAGUUACUGCUACAGGGAUGUCAGAAUUGCCAGGAAUUAAAGAUUCAAUUACAAGAAUUACUGGACAAAGGUUUUAAGGAGAAGAUUGCUGCAAACUUGGCAAACUUUGCUUAUGUUCCAUAUAAUUAUUCAUUCUUGCGCCAGGUUCAAAUUCCUGUUUUCUCUCAAUGUUUGGAACUCUUCCUAGAUUGCAUAAUAGAACCAAAUGAGAAGCUUGUGGAAUUCGGAAUAGGAGGCGUCUGCAAUUCUUGUGUGGAUCCAACUAAUGCUGCUAUUGUUACUACUCCGUGUGGUGGAAUCCCUCUUGUUCAUUGUUUAUCAAGCCCGGUAAGAAACAUGUGA